AUGAAAUACCAAUUAAGACUCCAAUGUUUACUGAACACAAUUAAUAUUUGGAAAUAUACAUUCGGAAACGCUUUGAACAAACUGUUUCACCGUAAAAACCACGAUGAGCAUGGCGGAAAGACGGAAGAUUCUGAAGGUGCCUCGAGUGUGAGUGUAUCCAAGAAAGAAAGUGAGAUAAACAAGCCUGAGGAUGAUUUGGAGAACUCGGGAGAGACACUCAAAGACUCUCUCCAUAAGGAUGAGGAGCUCGAAGAGGAGGGCAAGACUUAUGGGGGUUUGAUGUGA